CCAGAAAGCAGUAGAAGCGGUCAUUUGGUGUCAGUAGAUAUAAUUAUUUGUUUUAGCUUCAGAACUUGUGUGUUUGCCUGGCAAAGUUGCUGGAGUUAAUAGUUAUAGAGAUUAUUUUUGCCUAUAACGUACAGUUCUGUUAUGGAACUGGACAAAAUGGACGAGAACGACUGGAAAUACCACGGAGAGGGCAACAAAAGCCUAGUGGUUUCUAAUGUCCAGGUGAGUUAGCAAACGUUAGGUCUGUAGCAACAAUCUUGGUAGCUAACAUAUGCUACUAGCUAACAUUAGCUAACUGGUCAGGUUGUCUGGCGCCGGCCACGUUUGUAAAAGCGGAACAGUGGAAAGUAAAAUAUUGUUUAUUUUACUUGUCACAAGAUAGUUUGCCUAGGAGUCAUCUGAUUAUUGUGGUCUUUUUUCCACACAAGUUGCUAGCUAGCAAGCGUCGUAGCUAACGUUAGCUAAACUUAGCUGCCUGUUUUUGGUCCCUUGGAAAUCAAACUAGCAAUGAAUAUACGGUAGCAAGCUAGCUAGCUAACUUUAACCUUGCGGAGUUAUCACAUGGGUUAGAGCAAAUAACUCUCACUCCCCCGUAUUUAUAUGUAGGUACCUUUUUAAAAAAUGAUUCCCCAUGCUGAUGUGUUUUAUUAACCCUCCUCUCCUAUCUAGCACGCCAGAGUCCUUCGGCUCCUGAAGUAUUCUACAGAAGAUGCCGAAAACUCGCAUAAGGUUAGAAAAUCCUAUCCAGCAAAAUAUGUGUCUCAUCAGUUUACUAAUUAUUUAAUAACAAUUACAACCAUAACCUGUCAGAUCAUGUUUUGUAACACAUUUUUGUUAAUCGGCACUUGUGAGAGUCAGGCAAGGCGGGGUAGGGUGACAUUGCCCCAGAUUCUGAUCUUGGGUCCGUUUUGUAUUUUCCCCACUAAAGGUUAGGGUUGUGGAAGGGGAAGCUGAUCCUAGAUCCUUACUUGUGUAAGGGCCUCAAAGGUCCAGUUUAGGUUUAAUGGCAGGCUCUGUCGUAGACGGCCGUGACCGGGAGACUCAUGGGCGGCGCACAAUUGGCCCAGCGUCGUCCAGGGUAGGGGAGGGAAUGGCCGGCAGGGAUGUAGCUCAGUUGGUAGAGCAUGGCGUUUGCAAUGCCAGGGUUGUGGGUUCGAUUCCCACGGGGGGCCAGUAUGAAAAAAUAAAAUAAAAUAAUGUAUGCACUCACUAACUGUAAGUUGCUCUGGAUAAGAGCGUCUGCUAAAUGAAAAAAAAAAAGUGACCGCUUGUAUCAACCAAGCAAGUGAAGGCACAAACACAAGUAUGCAUCAUGGAUAGCUCUGAAAAUGAACACUCCAGGGUUGAACACAGAAACCUAAUUUCUCUUGAUCUGUUUCUUCUCUUCCAGACAACAGAACAAGCUUUCCGACACAUACAGAACAUAGUUGACUAUAGUCUAAAUGUCAUGAAGCCACUGCUGGGGGAGAAAUUUGUCCACGACGGAGUAAGACUUCUUCUGUGCUAAUAGCAUGGUGCCUUUCCCCCAAUAUCUUAAAUGAUUUAUGUAGUUAUGAGAUUAACUGUUUGGUUAAAAGACAGUUCUUUGCCACAUGGAACUAAUAAAGUAAUCAAAUACAGUUAAAAGGUUAUGGGCAGUUCUUAUAUUCCCUGAUAAAUCAAUCAAUACAUUGUUGUUUGUGUAGGAGGCUGUGAAGCUCCCGUUAGACUUUGUCCGACAGCUGUCGUUGAAGGUCCAGCAGGAAAGGCCAGGUACGUGUUGUCUUUUACUUAUUGUCAGGGUUUGGCAUCUUCAGGGUUUCAUGAAAUAUGACACCACAUUUCCACGUGUUGUGGAAUAUAUCAGCAGACUAAGCUGUGGGACGUGUUUGGACUUGUCGUGUGUGUGUGUGGACUUGUCGUGUGUGUGUGUGGACUUGUCGUCUGUGUGUGUGGACUUGUCGUGUGUGUGUGUGUGGACUUGUCGUGUGUGUGUGUGGACUUGUCGUGUGUGUGUGUGUGGACUUGUCGUGUGUGUGUGUGUGGACUUGUCGUGUGUGUGUGUGGACUUGUCGUGUGUGUGUGUGGACUUGUCGUGUGUGUGUGUGUGUGGACUUGUCGUGUGUGUGUGUGUGGACUUGUCGUGUGUGUGUGUGGACUUGUCGUGUGUGUGUGGACUUGUCGUGUGUGUGUGGACUUGUCGUGUGUGUGACCUCUUAUACACAAUAUUAGGCCCAGCCUUUGGAACUUUGGUUUUCCUAGAUACGGCUACUAUAUUGUGAUCACUACAUCCAAUGGAUUUGGAUACUGCUUUCAAACAAAUCUAUGCAACAUUAGUAAAGAUGAUUUAAUUCCUGUACAGUUUGUAACUACCCUGGUAGGUCGACUGAUAACCUGAACCAGGUUGCAGGCACUGGUUACAGUUUGAAGCUUUCUCUUGAGUGGGCAGCUUGAUGAAAGCCAGUCAAUAUUCAAAUCAACCAGAAAGUAUACCUCUCUAUUGAUAUCACAUACAUUAUUAAGCAUUUCACACAUGUUAUCCAGAUACUGACUGUUAGCUCUUGGUGGUCUAUAGCAGCUUCCCACCAGAAUGGGCUUUAGGUGAGGCAGAUGAACCUGUAGCCAUAUUACUUCAACAGUAUUUAACAUGAGAUCCUCUCUAAUCUUUACAGGAAUGUGGUUCUGAAUAUAAACAGCAACACCUCCACCAUUGGCAUUACUGUCUUGUCUGUAAAUGUUAUAACCUUGUAUUACUACCACUGUAUCAUCAAAGGUAUUAUCUAAGUGAGUUUCAGAGAUAGUCAGAAUAUGAAUGUCAUCUGUUACUGAGCAAGUUAUUGAUUUCAUGAACCUUGUUUCUUAAGCUACAUAUGUUAACGUGGGCUAGUUUGAGCACUUUUCUUCUGGGAUGCUUACUUGUUUUUAUGGCUUUACUGGGAAGCUUAGCAGCUGUAGAUCUGCUCAUGUUCUUUAUGUUAGUGCAGGGUGAGCUGCACACAGUGGCCUUCCUCCUCAGGCACACCGGCUCAGUGCUAACAGUAUAACUCUGGUUCUUAGGCACAUGAUUGCUCCAUCCAAUAGCUGCAGGAUCAGCAGAGACAUUCAGGGCAGUUAGAGGGACCUUAAUUAGGUUACCCACAUUGUGUCUGCCAACGCCCCUGAUGUAAUGUGCAUUUGCUGGAGCAUUUUGACAACUCUGCGUCACAAUGGUAGGGAACAAAAUUAGGUUACCCACAUUGUGUCUACCGACGUCCCUGGUGUAAUGUACAUUUGCUGGAGCAUUUUGACAACUCUGCGUCACAAUGGUAGGGAACAAAAUUAGGUUACCCACAUUGUGUCUACCGACGUCCCUGGUAUAAUGUACAUUUGCUGGAGCAUUUUGACAACUCUGCGUCACAAUGGUAGGGAUUAGCUGAGCUGGGCUUGGGUCAUUGAUAAGUCAUUGUCACAAUGCAGGUUUAUAAUGCUGUGAAAGGAUCCAGGAACCAAAAUUAUUUGUGUGGACAUGUCGUGUGUGUGUGUGUGUGUGUGUGUGGACUUGUCGUGUGUGUGUGGACUUGUCGUCGUGUGUGACCUCUUAUACACAAUAUUAGGCCCAGCCUUUGGAACUUUGGUUUUCCUAGAUAUGGCUACUAUAUUGUGAUCACUACAUCCAAUGGAUUUGGAUACUGCUUUCAAACAAAUCUAUGCAACAUUAGUAAAGAUGAUUUAAUUCCUGUACAGUUUGUAACUACCCUGGUAGGUCGACUGAUAACCUGAACCAGGUUGCAGGCACUGGUUACAGUUUGAAGCUUUCUCUUGAGUGGGCAGCUUGAUGAAAGCCAGUCAAUAUUCAAAUCACCCAGAAAGUAUACCUCUCUAUUGAUAUCACAUACAUUAUUAAGCAUUUCACACAUGUUAUCCAGAUACAGACUGUUAGCACUUGGUGGUCUAUAGCAGCUUCCCACCAGAAUGGGCUUUAGGUGAGGCAGGUGAACCUGUAGCCAUAUUACUUCAACAGUAUUUAACAUGAGAUCCUCUCUAAUCUUUACAGGAAUGUGGUUCUGAAUAUAAACAGCAACACCUCCACCAUUGGCAUUACUGUCUUGUCUGUAAAUGUUAUAACCUUGUAUUACUACCACUGUAUAAUCAAAGGUAUUAUCUAAGUGAGUUUCAGAGAUAGUCAGAAUAUGAAUGUCAUCUGUUACUGAGCAAGUUAUUGAUUUCAUGAACCUUGUUUCUUAAGCUACAUAUGUUAACGUGGGCUAUUUUGAGCACUUUUCUUCUGGGAUGCUUACUUGUUUUUAUGGCUUUACUGGGAAGCUUAGCAGCAGUAGAUGUGGUCAUGUUCUUUAUGUUAGUGCAGGGUGAGCUGCACACAGUGGACUUCCUCCUCAGGCACACCGGCUCAGUGCUAACAGUAUAAAUCCGGUUCUUAGGCACAUGAUUGCUCCAUCCAAUAGCUGCAGGAUCAGCAGAGACAUUCAGGGCAGUUAGAGGGACCUUAAUUAGGUUACCCACAUUGUGUCUGCCAACGCCCCUGAUGUAAUGUACAUUUGCUGGAGCAUUUUGACAACUCUGCGUCACAAUGGUAGGGAACAAAAUUAGGUUACCCACAUUGUGUCUACCGACGUCCCUGGUGUAAUGUACAUUUGCUGGAGCAUUUUGACAACUCUGCGUCACAAUGGUAGGGAACUAAAUUAGGUUACCCACAUUGUGUCUAUCGACGUCCCUGGUGUAAUGUACAUUUGCUGGAGCAUUUUGACAACUCUGCGUCACAAUGGUAGGGAACUAAAUUAGGUUACCCACAUUGUGUCUACCGACGUCCCUGGUGUAAUGUACAUUUGCUGGAGCAUUUUGACAACUCUGCGUCACAAUGGUAGGGAACUAAAUUAGGUUACCCACAUUGUGUCUACCGACGUCCCUGGUGUAAUGUACAUUUGCUGGAGCAUUUUGACAACUCUGAGUCACAAUGGUAGGGAUUAACUGAGCUGGGCUUGGGUCAUUGAUAAGUCAUUGUCACAAUGCAGGCUUAUAAUGCUGUGAAAGGAUCCAGGAACCAAAAUUAUUUGUGUGGACAUGUUGUGUGUGUGUGUGGACUUGUCGUGUGUGUGUGUGUGUGGACUUGUCGUGUGUGUGUGUGUGGACUUGUCGUGUGUGUGUGUGUGUGGACUUGUCGUGUGUGUGUGUGUGGACUUGUCGUGUGUGUGUGUGGACUUGUCGUGUGUGUGUGUGUGGAGUUGUCGUGUGUGUGUGUGGACUUGUCGUGUGUGUGUGGACUUGUCGUCUGUGUGUGGACUUGUCGUGUGUGUGUGGACUUGUCGUCGUGUGUGACCUCUUAUACACAAUAUUAGGCCCAGCCUUUGGAACUUUGGUUUUCCUAGAUACGGCUACUAUAUUGUGAUCACUACAUCCAAUGGAUUUGGAUACUGCUUUCAAACAAAUCUAUGCAACAUUAGUAAAGAUGAUUUAAUUCCUGUACAGUUUGUAACUACCCUGGUAGGUCGACUGAUAACCUGAACCAGGUUGCAGGCACUGGUUACAGUUUGAAGCUUUCUCUUGAGUGGGCAGCUUGAUGAAAGCCAGUCAAUAUUCAAAUCAACCAGAAAGUAUACCUCUCUAUUGAUAUCACAUACAUUGUUAAGGAUUUCACACAUGUUAUCCAGAUACUGACUGUUAGCACUUGGUGGUCUAUAGCAGCUUCCCACCAGAAUGGGCUUUAGGUGAGGCAGAUGAACCUGUAGCCAUAUUACUUCAACAGUAUUUAACAUGAGAUCCUCUCUAAGCUUUACAGGAAUGUGGUUCUGAAUAUAAACAGCAACACCUCCACCAUUGGCAUUACUGUCUUGUCUGUAAAUGUUAUAACCUUGUAUUGCUACCACUGUAUAAUCAAAGGUAUUAUCUAAGUGAGUUUCAGAGAUAGUCAGAAUAUGAAUGUCAUCUGUUACUAGCAAGUUAUUGAUUUCAUGAACCUUGUUUCUUAAGCUACAUAUGUUAACGUGGGCUAUAUUUUGAGCACUUUUCUUCUGGGAUGCUUACUUGUUUUUAUGGCUUUACUGGGAAGCUUAGCAGCAGUAGAUGUGGUCAUGUUCUUUAUGUUAGUGCAGGGUGAGCUGCACACAGUGGACUUCCUCCUCAGGCACACCGGCUCAGUGCUAACAGUAUAACUCUGGUUCUUAGGCACAUGAUUACUGCAUCCAAUAGCUGUAGGAUCAGCAGAGACAUUCAGGGCAGUUAGAGGGACCUUAAUUAGGUUACCCACAUUGUGUCUGCCGACGCCCCUGAUGUAAUGUACAUUUGCUGGAGCAUUUUGACAACUCUGAGUCACAGUGGUAGGGAUUAACUGAGCUGGGCUUGGGUCAUUGAUAAGUCAUUGUCACAAUGCAGGCUUAUAAUGCUGUGAAAGGAUCCAGGAACCAAAAUUAUUUGUGUGGACAUGUUGUGUGUGUGUGUGUGUGUGGACUUGUGUGCGUCAAAUUAGUCGUGACAGAAUGCUAUCUAUAGGUAAUGGCAUCUACAGUCUAUGUGUCUUGUCAGAACCUAAAUGGAACUCAAAUGCUUUAGAUCUAUUUCAUAAUUAUGAGGAAAGGACUGCCUCCUUUAUGAAUGUAUAGUUAAAACCUACACAUCGAGGGCCAGUUUCCUAGACACAGAUUAUCCUAGUCAGGGAUUACAGUGGUCCCCUGUAGCUCAGUUGGUAGAGCAUGGCGCUUGCAACGCCAGGGUUGUGGGUUCGUUUCCCUCUUGGGGGGGGGGGGCAGUAUGAAAAUGUAUGCACUAACUGUAAGUCGCUCUGGAUAAGAGCGUCUGCUAAAUGACUAAAAUGUAAAUGUAAAUGGAUUAAAAAGCAUUCUCAAAGGAGAUUCUCUAUUGAAAGAGCUUCUUAGUCCAAGGCUAGGCUAACGUGUCUAGGAAAACGGCUGAAAUGUCUGUGACUAAAUUGUCAUGAAUGUGUUAUAACAACUCCUCUGUCUGUGUGUUCUACGUCAUGGCAGAGUCUCGCUGUGAUAAAGUGAUGGAUACGUUUAGUGGAUGUGCCUUGUGUCUGCCGAACCUCACCCAGCUCUCCUGCUGCUGCAGCAGAGAACACAGACCUCCUCUCUGUAUAGAGAUUAAGGUACAGUCUCAGUCCUCUCUGUAUAGAGAUUAAGGUACAGUCUCAGUCCUCUCUGUAUAGAGAUUAAGGUACAGUCUCAGUCCUCUCUGUAUAGAGAUUAAGGUACAGUCUCAGUCCUCUCUGUAUAGAGAUUAAGGUACAGUCUCAGUCCUCUCUGUAUAGAGAUUAAGGUACAGUCUCAGUCCUCUCUGUAUAGAGAUUAAGGUACAGUCUAUGGACCCUGGUAAAAAGUAGCACACUAUAUAGGGAAUAGGGUGCCAUUUGGGACAGUCUCAGUGGAGCGACAGUUUAGAACAGUAGGAAGCUACUGCUCAGUACAACUGGUUCUCAAAUCAAUUUACAUUCCUGGUUAAACAAUUAAUUAAAUAAACAGAUUAUAUAAACUUGACAGAGUAUUUCAAUAUACAAAUACACACAGUCAAAAGACAAAUGUGAUGAAACUCCUGUAUUAUAAUGAAAAGGUUAGGGCCUGGGUUACUGAAUACAGUAUUAAGGGAAGGCUGAGUCAGAGAUGACAUGGGCUUGGACUUCAUGGGUUUGGAAGUCACGUGAUAAGAAAGGGAUACGUGUGGUUAGCUAAAAAGAGGCGUUUGUUGGAAUCAGUUCAUCAAAUCAACUCAUCCACAGUGACUCACUUCUGGUCCUAUUGUGUUUUUCAGCCCAAAUGUGGGUUUCUCCCGUCCUCCAGACACGUUACGAAGGAAAUUAAAAGCAAGGUGUGCCGGUUCUGUAUGCAUCAACAUUUUAAGGUGAGUUGACAGUGUUUUGGGAAUGACACUGGAAUAACCUGUUGUACUACAUUAGUUUGAUGACCUUGAGGGUUCUUCACUGAGAAAUGACGUGUACGUUUAAAAAAAAAAAGACAAGAUGGCACAUACCCGCUUCUUUUGACUACACCGAAGAAUAGACUGGGGCUUAGGAAAUCUACCAGGAGCCAGGCAUUUGUUGUUGUGAAAGUUGAAUGUUAUGAUCAGUAUCUGCCCCCUUCUAAGGCACUGCAUCGCAGUGCUGCACUGUGCCACUAGAGAUCCUGGUUCGAAUCCAGGCUCUGUCGUAGCCGGCCGCGACCGGGAGACCCCAUGGGGCGGCGCACAAUUGGCCCAGCGUCGUCCAGGGGAGGGGAGGGAAUGGCCGGCAGGGAUGUAGCUCAGUUGGUAGAGCAUGGUGUUUGCAACGCCAGGGUUGUGGGUUCGAUUCCCACGGGGGGGCCAGUAUGAAAAAAAAAAAAAAAAAAUGUAUGCACUCACUAACUGUAAGUCGCUCUGGAUAAGAGCGUCUGCUAAAUGACGUAAAUGUAAAUGGUGGUGGGACUGGAUAACUUCACCUGGUGGGGACUGACGGACUGACUUGUGGUCUUCUCUCUAACGCAACAGUUAGCCAAUGGAAAGUGGAAACGGCUGAGCCGGUACUGUCCCUUGGACCUGUUCUCAGGGUAAGUAAGAUUUAGAAUUCACCCUCCCAGUUAUCUUGUGGUACACAUGGCGUCUACAACCACGUUCAGAGUAGAGCUUGGUGCUCUUUCAUACAACCAGUUUGUAUAUGAUUCCACAGCAUGUGAAAAAAUAUGCAUAUAUACUCAGCCUGAAUCUCUCUCUGCUUAGGAACAAACAGAGAAUGUGCCUAGCCAUCAAGCACUUGAUAGAGGAACCUCAAAACAACUUUAAAAUCUUCAAGGUAUGUAUCUCUGCGGUAUACUUGUUGCACCACACUGCAACAAAAGUCCUCUCGCUGUAUUACGGAAUGUUUUGUAUUAGUUCACUCUCCAAGAAUAACUCUGAUGUCCGUCUCUAUCCAGGGUGGAGAGUGGAUCUACAGCGGUUAGGGUUAAAUCUGUCCGUCUCUAUCCAGGGUGGAUCUACAGCUGUUAGGGUUAAAUCUGUCUGUCUCUAUCCAGGGUGGAUCUACAGCGUUUAGGGUUAAAUCUGUCUGUCUCUAUCUAGGGUGGAGAGUGGAUCUACAGCGUUUAGGGUUAAAUCUGUCUGUCUCUAUCCAGGGUGGAUCUACAGCUGUUAGGGUUAAAUCUGUCUGUCUCCAUCCAGGGUGGAGGGUGGAUCUACAGCGGUUAGGGUUAAAUCUGUCUGUCUCUAUCCAGGGUGGAGAGUGGAUCUACAGCGGUUAGGGUUAAAUCUGUCUGUCUCUAUCCAGGGUGGAUCUACAGCUGUUAGGGUUAAAUCUGUCCGUCUCUAUCCAGGGUGGAUCUACAGCGGUUAGGGUUAAAUCUGUCCGUCUCUAUCCAGGGUGGAUCUACAGCUGUUAGGGUUAAAUCUGUCCGUCUCCAUCCAGGGUGGAUCUACAGCGGUUAGGGUUAAAUCUGUCUGUCUCUAUCCAGGGUGGAUCUACAGCUGUUAGGGUUAAAUCUGUCCGUCUCCAUCCAGGGUGGAUCUACAGCGGUUAGGGUUAAAUCUGUCUGUCUCCAUCCAGGGUGGAUCUACAGCGGUUAGGGUUAAAUCUGUCUGUCUCCAUCCAGGGUGGAUCUACAGCGGUUAGGGUUAAAUCUGUCUGUCUCUAUCCAGGGUGGAUCUACAGCGGUUAGGGUUAAAUCUGUCCGUCUCCAUCCAGGGUGGAUCUACAGCGGUUAGGGUUAAAUCUGUCUGUCUCCAUCCAGGGUGGAUCUACAGCGGUUAGGGUUAAAUCUGUCUGUCUCCAUCCAGGGUGGAGAGUGGAUCUACAGCGGUUAGGGUUAAAUCUGUCUGUCUCCAUCCAGGGUGGAGAGUGUAUCUACAGCUGUAAGGAUGAUGCAGACGUGUUACAGGACCUAGAUGAAUUGGCUCAGCAUCUACGGCCGUACUUCCUUCCUAGUGGCAGCCUUAUCAACGGACACCAGUCCAGUAAGGUUGGUAUCCGUGUCUAUAGUGUGAUUCCCAACUGGCACCCUGUACCCUGUAUAAUGCACUACCUUUGACCAAAGCCCAUAGUCUCCUCUAACUCAACUCUGGACCUCCAAGCCAGUUCCACUGCGCUUUUCUUCCUUGUUCCCCUCUAAUCAGGGACUGAUUUAGACCUGAGACACCAGGUGGGUGGGCUCGUAGGGUCAGAGUUGACCCCUGGAAUAGGGUACCAUUUGGGUAGGGGUGUCCCCGACCAAAAAUACAUCUUGGUCGACCCGAGAGUAGUAUUUUCUUCGUUGGUAGAAAUUUUGAAACAUGUAUUUUUCCAUAAGUGUCUUUUUAAUAAAAUCAACUGUAUGUACUGAGCUUGUCUGAUGCUUUAAGCACAUUGUUUGAUUUAAAUAAUUAAGACACACAAAUUACUUGAGGGAGCAAGAGAUCAAGAUAGCUUAACCAAAAAAAGAAAAACAACCUGUUUCUGACCCUCUUCCCCCCCGCUGCUGAUUCUGCCGUGACGCUCCUAAAGUUGCCGGUAAUAGGUUACACCAGGGGUCGGCAACCUUUUCCGUUUGGAGUGCCAAUUUAUCCUACCGAUCUGCGUGCCAGUUAUGAUUUUCAUAUGCACAUUUUGGUGGAACAGUCUAUCUCAAUCAUUGUCAUGUUAACCUAAAUUCGAUCUAUAUCUAAAUGAAAAUGAUACAAAUCUAAAAGUAACUUCUAUUGCCAUGGGAACCAACACUUUACAUGUGGCGUUUAUAUUUUUGUUCAGUGCAUGUAAAAAUAGCCUACAUAAAUCCAACAAAUAAAAACAUUGCAGCCUGCAGGUAGAAAAUAUCCUAAUGAUAAUGAAUAUCCUAUAAAAUCACAUUGGCUACGCAUGGCCUGUCUGCAACGAACUUGGAAACAUUGUAUCGACUGUGUCCAUCCAGCCCAAAACUUCCAACAUUGUAUAAAAUAUUCUGGGUCCUCAGUUUCCUGUGCCAGUGAGCUCUGGACAGACACAGCUGGAGACUAUUUGUGCAAGGGAUAAGAAGUAAUCAAAUCAAAUGUUAUUUGUCACUUUUGCCCGAAUACAACAGGUGUAGACCUUACCGUGAAAUGCUUACUUUCAAGCCCUUAACCAACAAUGCAGCUUUAAGGAAAAGAUUUACUAAAUAUGGCCUUAUACAGCUCGUUGAGUGCGGUCUUAGUGCCAGCAUCGGUUUGUGGUGGUAAAUAGACAGCUAGGAAUAAUAUAGAUGAAAACUCUCUUGGUAAAUAGUGUGGUCUACAGCUUAUCAUGAGAUACUCUACCUCAGGCGAACAAAACCUAGACUUCCUUAAUAUUUGUUUUCGCGCACCAGAUGUUAUUGACAAAUAGCCACAGACCACCACCCCUUGUCUUACCAGAGGCAGCUGUUCUGUCUUGCCGAUGCAUGGAAAAAUCAGCCAACUGUAUGUCGUUCAGCCACAACUUGGUGAAACAUAAGAUAGUUAAUGUUCCGUUGGUAGGAUAGUCUAAUAUAAGAUAUUAUAGUUAAUGUCCCGUUGGGAGGAUAGUCUCGAACGGAGCUCAUCCAGUUUAUUCUCCAAUGAUUUUACGUUGGCCAAUAGGACGGAUGGUAGAGGCGGGUUACCCACUCGCCUCUACCAUCCGUCAUUCUUCAUGCGAAUGACGGGGGUUUGGGCCUGGUCUGGUAUCUGGAGUAAAUCCUUCGCGUCCGACUCGUUAAAGAAAAAAUGUUUGUCCAGUUCGAAGUGAGUAAUCGCUGUUCUGAUAUCCAGCGCGAAUCAGACCGGUGCCUGCGUGUGCCAUGAACAAAAAUAAUCUAUUUGUGACUGCUCCACUAAAAAAUAUGUCUACCUACAGCCUAUCGACCAAACAAUUAAAUGGGAUCAGACCUACAUUUGGGACACAUCCAGUUUCUCUUUCUGUUUUCAUCUGCUUUAAUGGCCCAGUGCAGCCAGAGGACGAGCCUCCCCUCAGUGCCUGCUUCCUUCUAGGGAGUUUUUCCUGGUCACUGCUUCUGCUUGCUCUUUGGGGUCUAGGCAGGGUUACUGUAAAGCUCUUUGGGGUCUAGGCAGGGUUACUGUAAAGCUCUUUGGCAUCUAGGCAGGGUUACUGUAAAGCUCUUUGGGGUCUAGGCAGGGUUACUGUAAAGCUCUUUGGGGUCUAGGCCGGGUUACUGUAAAGCUCUUUGGGGUCUAGGCCGGGUUACUGUAAAGCUCUUUGGGGUCUAGGCAGGGUUACUGUAAAGCUCUUUGGGGUCUAGGCAGGGUUACUGUAAAGCUCUUUGGGGUCUAGGCAGGGUUACUGUAAAGCUCUUUGGGGUCUAGGCCGGGUUACUGUAAAGCUCUUUGGGGUCUAGGCCGGGUUACUGUAAAGCUCUUUGGGGUCUAGGCCGGGUUACUGUAAAGCUCUUUGGGGUCUAGGCAGGGUUACUGUAAAGCUAUUUGGGGUCUAGGCCGGGUUACUGUAAAGCUCUUUGGGGUCUAGGCAGGGUUACUGUAAAGCUCUUUGGGGUCUAGGCAGGGUUACUGUAAAGCUCUUUGGGGUCUAGGCCGGGUUACUGUAAAGCUCUUUGGGGUCUAGGCCGGGUUACUGUAAAGCUCUUUGGGGUCUAGGCAGGGUUACUGUAAAGCUCUUUGGGGUCUAGGCCGGGUUACUGUAAAGCUCUUUGACAACUGCUGAUAUAAAAAGGGGUUCUGACUUAGGGUGUGUCUCAAAUGGCACCCUAUUCCCUAUAUAGGGCACUACUUUUGACCAGAGCCCUAUGAGCCUGGUCAAAAUUAGUGCACUACAUAGGGAAUAGGGUGCCAUUUGAGACAAAGCCUAAAUGUCCUGUCCUCCUUUCCUGUAACUCUGUGUUUUAAACCCCAGGUGGUUCUGAACGAGUUGAUCCAGGUGAUCGUGAGCGCCCUGUUGAGCUCCUGGGAGCCCAGGAAGGCGCAACUGUCUGAGGGCAGAGUGAGGUGUGAGGCCAGCCUCCUACACCGGGACCUGCUACGCAACAGUGAGAGACGGGGAACCUUGGCAUGGAGAAUUAUAAAGGCUCAUGCAUGCUUAUAACAAGUUAUAAAGCAUUAUACCGAAUGUAUUACCAAAAUAUACUGAACAAAAAAUAUAAACGCAACAGGCAACAAUGUCAAAGAUUUGAUUGAGUUAUAAUUAAUAAGGAAAUCAGUCAAUUUAAAUACAUUCAUUAGGCCCUAAUCUAUGGAUUCCACAUGACUGGGAAUACAGAUAUGCACAGAUACCUUUUAAAAAAAGUGUUCGUUGUCUGUAGUUUAUACCUGCCCAUACCAUAACCCCACCGCCACCAUGGGGCACUCUGUUCACAACGUUGACAUCAGCAAACCGCUCGCCCACACGACGCCAUACACCUGGUCUGAGGUUGUGAGGCUGGUUGGACGUACUGCCAAAUUCUCUAAAACUACAUUGGAGGAGGAUUAUGGUAGAGAAAUUAACAUUAAAUUAUCUGGCAACAGCUCUGGUGGACAUUCCUGCAGUCAGCAUGCCAAUUGCAUUGUGUUGUGUGACAAAACUGGUGCACCUGUGUAAUGAUCACGCUGUUUAAUCAGCUUGUUGAUAUGCCACACCUGUCAGGUGGAUGGAUUAUCUUGGCAGAGGAGAAAUGCUCACUAACAGAGAUAUAUUAAAACAUUUGAGAGAAAUAAGCUUUUUGUGUGUAUGGACAAUGUCUGGGAUAUUUUAUUUCAGCUCAUGAAACAUGGGACCCAACACUUUACAUGUUGCGUUUAUAUUUUUGUUCAGUGUAGUUUGAUGCUUUCAUAAGAAUAACUAAAGCCAACAUGCAAACAUACCUUUUAAAGCAUUUACAUUUUAUAUAUUUUAAAUCUUAUCAACUUCAAAACAUUUUUUUUUGUUCUUCCAGGUCCAGGUAACCACUGCCUACCCAAAGAUUGUGUCCUGGACAAAAUCCUGGGGACUCAGAUGCUGGAUAGCUUAGACAUCGAGGGGUUAAACCCCCUGUUCAAACGAGUAGAGCAGCAUCUACAGGACUUUCCCAAAGAGAGGUGAGAGACACAGUUUCAGUUUUGAAUAACUACUAAUGUGAAGUCGUUUGCCAUGUAAUAACCUAGGUAUACCACUAGAUGGCAGGUGCACACUUCAAGUCAAAUCGUAGUCCUUGUAACGUACACUUCUGAUUUGAUAUUACUGGUUGUCUCUCGUUCCAAUAUUAUGGGUAUUAAUAUGGAGUUGGUCCCCCCCUUUGCUGCUAUAACAGCCUCCACUCUUCUGGGAAGGCUUUCCACUAGAUGUUGGAACAUUGCUGCGGGGACUUUACAUUUACAUUUUAGUCAUUUAGCAGAUGCUCUUAUCCAGAGCGACUUACAGUUAGUGAGUGCAUACAUUUUUCAUACUGGCCCCGUCGUGGGAAUCGAACCCACAACCCUGGCGUUGCAAGCGCCACGCUCUACCAACUGAGCUACACAGGGCCUGCCUUGCUUCCAUUCAGCCGCAAGAGCAUUAGUGAGGUGGGGCACUGAUGUUGGGUGAUUAGGCCUGGCUCGCAGUCGGCGUUCCAAUUCAUGCCAAAGGUGUUCGAUGGGGUUGAGAUCAGGGCUCUGUGCAGGCCAAUCAAGUUCUUCCACACCGAUCUUGACAAACCAUUUCUGUAUAGUGGGUGUUGCAACCGAGGACAGACGAUUUUUACGCACUUCUGCACUCGGCGGUCCCGUUCUGUGAGCUUGUGUGGCCUAUCACUUUGCAGCUGAGCCGUUGUUGCUCCUAGACGUUUCCACUUCACAAUAACAGCAUUUACAGUUGACCAGGGCAGGUCUAGCAGAGCAGAAAAUUUGGCGAACUGACUUGUUGGAAAGGUGGCAUCCUAUGAUGGUGCCACGUUGAAAGUCACUGAGCUCUUCAGUAAGGUCAUUCUACUGCCAGUGUUUGUCUAUGGAGAUUGCAUGGCUGUGUGCUCGAUUAUAUACACCUGUCAGCAACGGGUGUGGCUGAAAUAGCCGAAUCCACUAAUUUGAAGGGGUGCCCACAUACUGCUGUAUAUCUAGUAUGUAUCAUUAAUUUAACCCCCUGGAGUCGAUGUCCGCGGCCCCGCGGAAAUCUAAUUAGCAUAAUAAAAAAAAUCCCUACAAUUUAAGCUAGAGAUGUUUUUUUGCAUGGGCUGCGUCUCAAUCCACCACAUCCUGUUAUGUCGGCCUUCCGCAUCUGAGGUGAAAGGUGGCCGAGCUACAGUGGUGUUUGUCAGACCAUGAGACAUCCCAAAAACCGACCCGCUCACAAAUGUCUGUAGCGUCCGAACGGUUUCUUUUCAGUUUGAUAAAAUUCAAUGAAUUUAAGGUUUUAUUGAAUCUAAAUUGAUGCAUCAUAUGAUACAAAAAAAAAUACCGGCUGUACUUCCAAAGUUCUAUAUCCUAAACUUUAUUGCGGAUUCGCAAAACAUUUUGGGACUGUAUCAACAGUGGACUAAUGAAACAAAUACCUAAAUAUUAGUUUUUCGGGUGGAACUUUUCUUAAGAUUGACUGUCCCUCCUUCCUCCAGAAGCAGUCUCCAGAUAGACGGGCCGUACAGCCAGAGCUUCCUGGAGAAGGUCCAGAACUGUCCAACCGAAGACGACGGCUCUGUCGAGUACGCCGUCGGAAAGGUGAAUCUCUUCUUUCUAACCGAUGUGACAUAACCAUGCAACUCUGUAUGCAAAACCUGCAUUAUCAUAAAUAUACAUUCUGUUGCUUAGGGCUUUAGUGCUUGUUUGUUUCCCCCAUUGAAAUGCACGGACAGGAUGUAGCCUCUGUCUAACAAAGUGGCUUAGGGCUUUUUUUUUUCAAGCUUAUUUGUCUAAUAUGGCUGCUUCCCAUCAGGUCCACCAGUACAGAGUUGCCAUGACAGCCAAGGACUGCUCUAUCAUGAUCACCAUAGCAACCUGCGGGGAGGACGACGGGUGAGGACCUUGUUGAAUUCUACCUAGUUGUCCUAUUCUUACCCACCAUGCCACUUCUGCGCUAAAUUCCACUCCUUGUACUGUUAGCACUAACAGACUGGUUCCCAGGCUAACCAGUCACUACUAUAUGCUGCCAACAGGUUGGACCAGAGCCUGGAGAUCCAGCCUACGAAACCUCGCUUCACCUACUCCGUGUCCAUCCUAGACUUGGACCCUAAACCCUACGAGAGCAUCCCUCACCAGAGCAGACUGGACUCCAAGAUAGUCAGCCACUACCUGAGGAGCCCCCUGCCCAACAACCAGGAACUAGCCAAUCAGAGCCUCUUCCUGGGCCGGGACAGAGACGGAGAGGACUGUACUCUGGUGUUCCAUCCUGUAUAACCACUCCCUCUGCUGCUAGGCGUUCCGCUGGUUGUUACCAACACCCUCCCUCCACUAACCCAUCCUACUACCCCCAGACCGAACGCUGCUGUGGGACUGAUGGAGCAAAGAUUGAAUUAACUGAAACAUAUCCUUUUGUCUUUUUUUUUUUUUU